AUGGAAAGCCGUAAGCUCAUUACCCUCACAGUCGGCGAGCGAACAUUCCGUACCACUCGUAGUACGCUCGAGACCGAAAGUAAAUACUUUCGAGCGUUCUUCGCAGAGGCGCGGGUUGGUGGCAGGUCUAAUUACUCGAUCGACAACGAUGGCGAUACGUUCGAGCACGUCCUCCGCUUCAUGCGAUGCCCCUCUAAAUUCCCGAUCUUUUGGUCCAAGGAAAAAGGGCACAACUUCAACCUAUAUCAGACCCUGCAGGAAGAAGCCGAACGCUUUGGUGUCGAUGCACUAGCCGAAUGGUUAAAGGCCAAGAAGUACCUUGAGGCCGUGAAGCUGGUUACCAAAAUCAAGGAGGUUGAAGUUCCAACGACGGCUAUAGUCAAUUGCCCGGAGUUCAUCCAUGAGAUUAAGGGGUCACUUGUGGAUGUGGAGUACCAUCCACAGUGGAGACGUUCGAAUUCCAAGACGUAUAUUUGCCCAAGAGGUCUCGAUGUUCAUGAAGGGGAUCCGAAGAAGUGUGGAAAACAAUGCCGGCAAGUGCAGGGGGAGAAACCCGAUGAGUAUCGGGAUGUUUGGAGGUUGUGGUUGUUGGUUGUGCAGAAAGAGGUUGUUUUUCAUGAGAAUGUGUGUAUUCACGGAGGCUGA